CACUCACACACACAUACAACAAGCUGGAUUCAUUAAAAGUCGACAGAGGCAGCUGGAUGAUGUCAUAUCCGUGAAGCAGGGUCCCUGUAACCCAAACGCAGCUCGGAUUUUUCGCUGCGUGCGUGCCCACAAACUUUUUCCCCUCUCUCGCAGUGACGAGAUUUUCCUCCCCGCUGCCCACAUGGCAUGCGUAACGGGGACGAGUGGAUGGAUGUGCCCCCCUCCUCCCAAGGAAGCCUUGCUUUUCACCAGCGCGUAGUGGACGAGGUGGCGCGAGCCCACGGGCAGAAACUUGCGUGAGAAUUGUUGUACCCGGUCGCGGCGGUGGUGGUAGGAGGUGGAGGAGGGACACAUUGCUGAAGCAGCCGACAGAAUGUGGUCGCUGUCCGUGGUCCUGAACCCGCUGCUGUUCCUGCUGCUGUUCGGAUACUGCCCUUCAGUGACCAUCAGGCCAAAGGAGGGGUGGCAGGUGUACAGCUCAGCUCAGGAUGCAGAUGGGCGUUGUAUCUGCACAGUGGUGGCACCUGAACAGAAUCUGUGCUCCAGAGAUGCCAAAGGCAGACAGCUCCGCCAGCUCCUGGAGAAGGUGCAGAACAUGUCGCAGUCAAUUGAGGUGCUGAACCUGCGGACGCAGAGGGACUUUCAGUAUAUCAUGAGGAUGGAGAGCCAGAUCAAAGGACUGCGGUCAAAGUUUCGACAGCUCGAAUCGGACAGGAAGACGCUCGUCAACAAAAACUUUCAGGAGCUAAAGGGGAAGAUGGAGUCCCUGCAGCCGCUGAUCCCUGUCCUGGAGCAGUACAAGACAGACGCCAAGCUCAUCUCCCAGUUCAAAGAGGAGAUCAGGAACCUGUCUGGCGUGCUGAUGGGCAUCCAGGAGGAAAUGGGAGCCUACGACUACGAGGAGCUGCAACGUAGGGUCCUAAACCUGGAAAAUCGGCUCCGCAACUGCAUGAGCAAACUCACAUGUGGCAAGCUAAUGAAGAUCACUGGGCCUCUGACUGUGAAAACUUCAGGGACCAGAUUUGGAGCCUGGAUGACCGACCCACAGGCAUCUCCCAAAAACAACAGGGUCUGGUACAUGGACAGCUACACUAACAACAAGAUAGUAAAAGAAUAUAAAUCCAUCACUGACUUUGUGGCAGGAGUUGAGUCGAGGACCUACAACCUGCCUUUCAAAUGGGCCGGAACCGACCACGUGGUGUACAACGGCUCUCUUUACUACAACAAGAUGCAGAGCAACAUCAUCGUGAGGUACAGUUUCGAGACGGGCCGCGUGGUCACCCAGAGGGCUCUGGAGUCGGCGGGCUUCCACAACGUGUACCCCUACACCUGGGGAGGCUUCUCCGACAUCGACCUGAUGGCGGACGAGCUGGGCCUGUGGGCCGUGUACGCGACCAACCAGAACGCUGGAAACAUCGUCAUCAGCCAGCUGAACCCGGACACGCUCCAGAUCCUCAGCACAUGGAACACAGAGUACUCAAAGAGGAAUGCCGGCGAGUCUUUUAUGAUCUGUGGGACGCUCUACAUCACUAACUCCCACCUGACCGGCGCCAAGGUAUACUAUGCUUACUCCACUAAAACCUCCACAUACGAGUACACAGACAUUCCUUUUCAUAACCAGUACUUCCACAUGUCUAUGUUGGACUACAACGCCAGGGAUCGCGCCCUCUACGGCUGGAACAACGGCCACCAGGUCCUGUUCAAUGUUACACUUUUCCACAUCAUUAAAACUGAGGACGACUCUUAAGCAGAGGGACAUCCAUACACAUAAAAGAAGUUAUGGAAAACAUGGAUGUUUGCACCUGAAUGUUCCUAUAAAUGCCAUAGACUGUAUGAUAAAGAUAGACGACAUGAUAGCUCCCCCAAAAUGAAGCCAAAACAUCUCGAUCACCCCCUGGUGGCUGGCUGCAGUAGAAGUCAUAAACCUUGCCCCCUCUAUGUUAGCAGAUGGAAAAUGGGCCAAACUAAAAUCUUAUGCCUGGUUCACACUACACGAUAUCAGCCCGAUUAUAGCCCGACGCAGCUUCAUACAGUGUCGGCUCGGAUCGUGAACAAGUGUCGUAUGCGAUAAUCCAUUGUUUUAUCUCAUGUAGUGUGUCAUAGAGGACGACAACUGACGCCACACCUGGGACGCCUCACAACGUCCCGAC